AUGACCAAUCAGAGCAUGGUGGCAUGCUUUAUUCUUAAGGGAUUCUCAGACAUCCCCACUGUGAAUGCUGUGUGCACAGGCAUUUUCCUGCUCAUCUACAUCUUUGGGAUCCUGGGGAAUUUCUCAGUCAUUACUGUGAUUACCAAAGAUACCCACCUCCACACACCUAUGUACUUCUUCCUGAAGAACCUAUCCUUCCUGGACAUGUGCUAUACCUCGGUCACUCUCCCCAAGGCCAUUGUUAAUGUCCUAGUGGGUUCAGAAGAAAUUUCCUUCCUGGAGUGUGUAAUCCAGCUCUAUCUGUUUUUCACCCUUGCGGCCACUGAGUGCUUCCUGCUUACUGCCAUGGCUUAUGACCGCUGUGUGGCCAUCUACAGACCCCUGCUCUACGGGGCCUCCAUGAGUAGGAACCGCUGCUGGGGUCUGGUUGUUUCUGCCUGGGUCUGUGGGGCUCUGUAUGCCAUCUUCCAUGCCGUCAACACCUUCUCCCUCCCCUUCUGCGGACGAAAUGUCAUCGACCACUUUUUCUGUGACAUUCCUCCAGUCAUGAGGCUCUCCUGUGUGGACUACCAGGCAAGUGAGGCACUGAGUUUCAUCUACAGCAGCUGCAUCAUCCUGGGAGCCUUUGUCCUCACCCUCAUCUCCUACAUCUGCAUCAUCUCCACCAUUGCUAAGAUUCAGCAUGUGCAGGGCCCCUGGAGAGCCUUCUCCACCUGCUCCUCUCACCUUACCACUGUCCUUCUCUUUUAUGGAACUGGGAGUUCCAUGUACCUGAGACCCUCCUCUGACUAUUCUCCCAUCCAGGGCCGGCUGGCAGCCACAUUUUACUCUGUCAUCACACCCACAUUGAACCCUGUCAUCUAUUGUCUAAGGAACAAAGAAAUGAAAGUCGCCCUUAAGAAAGUGUUCCAUCAACUACAGAGACAUAGUGAAAAGGUCUCAUUUUAA